AUGUCGGUACAAAUCCGCAAGUAUCCUACAUCUGUGGUUGCUGUUUCUGAAUAUAAGGGGAGAAUACUGCUCUUUGCAAUGGGAAUAUCGUGCUCUGAUAAAAACCGGGGAAGAAUGACGGUGCAUCGUAAAGAGGCCAAUCAAAUUUUGGCUUCGACAAAUGGGAUUCAUAAAUAUGUUGAAGAAAGGGAAUUGCAGAUAUGUGCGGGACAAAUGGUAAACAGAAAUUCUAAUCUUAGUGGAAAGCACAGUGACAUUUCUGGUGACAUUGCACCAAAUGUUUCCCUUAUUUACUACCCAGAGUUUAGAUUGAUUGCGGCUUGGUUCCACACUUUCCUCCGUUUUGACAUUUUUCCCACUGAUCUAAUAAUAGCUAUUUGUGAUAAAGCUAAUGGAUGA